AUGUUCAGGUUUGCAGAUGGCAAAGACAAGCUGCUGAUGACUUUUGGGGUUCUGGGUUGCAUUGGAGAUGGGAUGCAGUACGCUCUAACCAUGUUUGUUCUCAGCGAUGUUAUCAAUGAUUUCGGUAAUCCGAACAUCGUUCUCAAUCAUGCUACUGUGAAUAAGGUACAGGUAAUUGCUUGUUUUCCAAGAAAACACACUAACGUAGUGUUGAUUGGAAUGACAACAGAAGGAAUGUGUUGGACCAGAACUGCGGAGAGGCAGACUUCCAAGAUGAGAACACAGUACCUGAAGGCCGUUUUGAGACAAGACGUCGGUUUCUUCGACACCCAGGAAGGCGGUUCGACCACGUUCCAAGUCGUCACAACCAUAUCCGGUGAUGCCAAUUCGAUUCAAGUUGCAAUAUGUGACAAGAUUCCCAACUGCCUGAUGUACAUAGCAACCUUCCUCUCCUGCCUCAUUUUCGCCUUCGUUCUCUCUUGGAAGCUGGCACUGGCUGCUCUGCCACUGACCUUCUUGUUCAUCGUCCCGGGGCUCGUAUUCGGGAAGAUGAUGUUGGAUGUGAUAAUGAAGAUGAUUGCUUCGUAUGGUGUUGCUGGAGGGAUUGCAGAACAAGCCAUCUCUUCGAUCCGCACGGUGUAUUCGUACGUCGGGGAGCAGAAGACCUUGGAGAGUUUCAGCAAGUCGCUUGACACUACCCUGGAGUUGGGGAUCAAACAAGGCUUUGCAAAGGGUUUGUUGAUGGGAAGCAUGGGAAUGAUCUAUGUUGGCUGGGCUUUCCAAGCUUGGGUUGGCACGAUUCUCGUCACGGAGAAGAACGAGAAGGGUGGCUCCAUUUUUGUAGCUGGAAUCAAUGUCAUCAUGACAUUUCUUGCAUUUUUCAGGAGUGUACUGGGUUGCCUUCCUAAUCUGUCAUCCAUCACGGAAGCAACACUUGCAGCGACUCGAAUCUCCGAAAUGAUCGAUCGAGCUCCCGACAUAGACACGGAGGAGAAGAAGGGGAAAGCUCUGUCACACAUCCGCGGAGAGAUUGUGUUCAACGACGUCCAUUUCUGCUACCCAUCAAGGCCUGACACCCCAAUCUUUCAAGGGUUGAAUCUCAGGAUUCCUCCCGGCAAGACGAUUGGCCUCGUUGGCGGCAGCGGUUCAGGAAAAUCUACCACCAUUUCCUUGCUGCAGAGGUUUUACGACCCGAUUCAGGGCGACAUCCUCCUCGACGGGCACAAGAUCAAGAAGCUCCAGCUGAAAUGGUUGAGAGCUCAAAUGGGCCUGGUGAAUCAGGAGCCGGUCCUCUUCGCGACAUCGAUAAAGGAGAACAUCAUGUUCGGAAUGGAAGGAUCCACCAUGGAUGACGUCAUGAACGCUGCUCGAGCUGCAAAUGCGCACGAUUUCAUCGUUAAACUGCCCGAUGGAUACGAAACUCAGGUUGGCCAAUUCGGAUUCCAAAUGUCUGGAGGGCAGAAGCAGAGGAUCGCCAUAGCCAGAGCUCUCAUCAGAGAGCCGAAAAUCCUGCUCCUCGACGAAGCGACAAGCGCCCUAGACACGCAGUCAGAAAGAGUUGUCCAGUCUGCAAUCGACCAGGCGUCCAAGGGGAGGACGACCAUCAUCAUCGCUCAUCGCCUCUCCACCAUCCGAACGGCCAACCUCAUCGUGGUCUUCCAUGAAGGCAAGGUGGUCGAAUCCGGUACCCACGAGGAGCUUAUGUCGAAAUCUGACGAUGGAGAGUACUCAAAGAUGGUGAAACUGCAGCAGGCAGCAGCAGAGAAGAAAAGCCCAGGACCGAGUCCCCGAAUCGGAAGUGCAAGGUCGACUGCACCGAGUCCACUAUCAAGUGCACCGGGGACUCCCAGGUUUAGCCCUGCUAGCCCGGCGAGCCCCUUCAGCCCUGCAAUGUCUGUGGGCACUCCCUAUGCGUAUUCGAUCUACGAUCCUGAUGACAGCGACAAUGAAGAUUACUAUGAUCAAUUUGGUUCCUCUGCUCCAUCACAGUGGAGGUUGUUGAAAAUGAAUGCACCCGAAUGGGGGACAGCUCUGGUCGGAUGCUUGGCAUCGAUUGGGUCCGGUGCGGUCCAACCCAUCAACGCUUACUGCGUCGGUUCGCUUAUAUCGAACUACUUUCGAACCGAUGAAGAUGUCAUGAAGCAGAAAUCGAGGAACCUGUCUUUCAUCUUCCUAGGCAUUGCAGCUCUCAACUUCGUCUCGGGCCUCGUGCAGCACUACUGCUUCGCGGUGAUGGGCGAAAAGCUGACAAAAAGGGUUCGUGAGAAGCUGCUGGAGAAGCUCAUGACCUUCGAGAUAGGAUGGUUCGACGAGGACGAGAACUCGAGCGCUGCGGUCUGCUCGAGGUUGGCUACUGAGGCUAGCAUGGUGCGGUCCUUGGUUGGGGAUCGGAUAUCACUUCUGGUGCAAGCAUUCUUCGGGUCCAUUUUCGCCUACGCGCUUGCUCUGGCUCUGUCGUGGAAGCUAGCUCUCGUCCUGAUCGCGGUCCAGCCUGUCGUUGUAGGCGGGUACUAUUCGAAGAGUGUGUUGAUGAAGAGCCUAGGGGAGAAGUCUCAAAAGGCACAGAAAGAAGGAAGCCAGCUAGCUAGUGAGGCAGUAAUCAAUCACAGGACGAUCACUGCCUUCUCUUCUCAGAGGAAGAUAGUGGGGCUGUUUAAAGGUACAUUGAGAGGACCAAAGAAGGAGAGCAUGAAGCAAUCAUGGUUGUCUGGUUUUGGUCUCUUCAGCGCGCAGUUCUUCAACACUGCAUCUACUGCAUUGGCAUUUUGGUACGGUGGGAGGCUGUUGAUUGAUGGGUCUGUAACGCCAGAGCAUCUUUUCCAAGCUUUCUUGAUCCUGCUCUUCUCAGCAUACAUAAUUGCAGAAGCUGGAAGCAUGACGAACGAUCUUUCUCGAGGUGGGAAUGCGGUUCAAUCGGUGCUGUCGAUCUUGGACAGGAAGACCGAGAUCGAUCCUGACAGCCAGUAUGUGUCGGAGAGCAAAAAAGACAUUAGGGGGAAAGUUGAGCUGAAAGAAGUCUUCUUUGCAUACCCAUCAAGGCCUGAUCAGAUGAUCUUCAAGGGUUUGAACCUGAAGAUGGAUGCAGGGAAGACGAUUGCCUUGGUUGGGCCGAGUGGGUCUGGGAAAUCCACGGUGCUUGCCUUAAUCGAGAGGUUUUACGACCCAUCGAAAGGGGCAGUGUUCAUUGAUGGUCAGGAUGUGAAGAACUACAACCUGAGAUGGCUCAGGAGUCACAUAGCAAUGGUCAGUCAGGAGCCGACAUUGUUUGCUGGUACGAUUGCUGAGAACAUUGCAUACGGUAGGGAAAAUGCUCGAGAAUCCGAGAUCAAGAAGGCUGCUGUUCUUGCCAAUGCCCAUGAAUUCAUCAGUGGAAUGAAAGAUGGCUAUGAUACAUACUGUGGAGAAAGAGGUGUGCAGUUAUCAGGAGGGCAGAAGCAAAGAGUGGCCAUUGCAAGGGCAAUCCUGAAGAACCCAUCAAUCCUGCUGCUCGACGAAGCGACGAGUGCACUUGACAGUGUCUCAGAGAAGCUGGUUCAGGAGGCACUGGAUAAGAUGAUGGUUGGCAGGACCAGUGUUGUGGUUGCUCACCGGCUAUCUACAGUACAGAAAUCGGACUGCAUUGCGGUGAUCAAGAACGGGCAGGUCGCGGAGAAAGGGUCGCAUAACGAGCUCGUCUCGUUCGGGAAGAGAGGGGUUUACUACUCUCUAAUCAAGCCACAGGCUGGGAGUAGCUCCCCUUUCAGGUGA